AGCUAUAUUGUAGUUCCAAAACUUUUAAUUAUCGGAUUACUUGGAUGAUUCAAGUCGAGCCAAUGUUGCUAAACUGAGCCAACUCCACCUUGUAACCCAAACACAUACAUGAUUCAUCCUAUUCCUAAUCUUAAACCUCCUUAAACCCCACCAAAAUUAAACCCCCAAAAAUGGCAGCAACUUUUUCACCUUCUUCCUCAACCUGCAACUGCCACUUCCUCAACCCAGCACUUUUCAAUGGCUCCUCUUCAAAUUCCCGCCAAUUCAUCAACUACCCACUUCAGUUCUUCCCUAAAGUUCGGAAGUUUCCGUUGUUCAAAAAACACAAAUUUGAAGCAAAAAUUAAGGCAGUAAAUGGGGCAAAGGCAUUCAAUACGACAUCUUGGGAUGAAAAACCCUCUGAAAUACUGCCUGAUGGUAAAAGGGUGUAUUUGGAUGAACAAGAUAUUGUCACAUUUCUUGACCCUCCUAAAGAACUCAUUCCUUUAGACCCUUCUUCUUACAAUCCUGCUUCAUAUCUCUGGAAGAAGAUUUCGGAAAUCCCGGAAGAAAGACGGCAUCGUUUACUAUACCUCCUGAAUCCUAGGCUUAUAUUAGCUGCUUGGGAGGUUGCUGGAGGGCGCUACAAUGAUGCGAAGUUAGCUAAGAUGAGCUCUUCUAAUUUGUUGUCUGGUGAAAAUGAUGCAUUGUCACUUGAAUUCUGGAAUUGCCGUAAAAGUGGAGGUCCAAUGCCUCUUGGAUUAAUCAAAUAUUUGCAGAUGGCAUUAUUUCGUAAAGAUGGAAACAUAUAUGGAAGACUUAUUGGUGUGUCGCUACUGGCUCGAAUGGCAACAUCUUCCAGUCCACUGUAUUUUACUGUAAAAGAAGUUAAUGAAGUAAUGCCUACUGAACAGCCAUGUGAUUUAGCUUAUGAGUUUGGAGAUGGAUUGUUAAAUCUCAAUGAUUAUCCAGAAGGUUUCCCAAUGCCAGCCAAACAUCCAUGGCCCUUCAAUGAUCAGGUUGUCAUAUAUGUCCGUCAUCUUGGACCUGGGGUUAAGGUUGGACAGGUAUGGCAGGAGGGCCUAGCAUUGGAACAAAUACCCAAGAAGCUUUGUGGUGAAAUCUUAAUGGUGAAAGAUUAUUCUGUGUCUAAUGGAGAUGGUAGCUAGAUGUCAGCAAUUCUGGAUACUCUGAUGGCAAAAAAUUGUUGCUGCUUCCAGAUAAAAUCCACCUGUAGAAACUGCAGCUUUUUAUCCGUUUCUUCGUACCCUUGAGCAUGCUGACCAUCUCAGAGUUGUAUGAAGGUUGUUGUGAUGAAUAUGGGUUGAAUGAAGAGUGUCAAUAUCAAGUUUAUAUUGUAUUAUACAAAGGAAACCUACUAACACAGUUACACCCUUGCAAAAGGCAUCAAUUUUGUUGCUUCUUGUGCCUUGCAAGUGUUGUAAGUUGUAACCCAAUGUAGCAUCCAACCUUCAUGUAUGGCUCUCUCCAGUGAUUCAUGCUUGAUUGAUAUGCAAUUCUGUCAGUUUCAUAUUA